AUGGUUUCGCUUGGCGAAUGUCGUUUUCUUAAUCGUGCAUUAACAAUUGAUGAUAUAUCGAAAAAACCAAAUUGUAAAAAUCUUAAAUUUAAACGUGCUUUUCAAUUUCUUCAAUUCCUACUUGUUCAACGUGUUUAUGGUAUUGAUAUAACCACAUGUCCAGGAGUACGAAAACCAUCAAAAGAUUCUCAACAAGAACAAGAACAGGAACAACAACAACCACAAAAUUAUCAAGUUUUUUUAGGUGGUUCAUGUAAUCCUACUACAUGGCGACGGGAUCAAGCUAUACCUUACUUGCAAUCACGUUCAGUUUCUUUUUUUAAUCCACAAGUAGCUGAUUGGACACCGGAUCUUAUUGAAAUAGAACAUCGUGCAAAAGAAUUAGCUCCACUUCUAUUUUUUGUUAUUGAUCAUGAUACUCGAGCAUUAGCAUCUAUUGUUGAAGUAUGUUAUUUAGCAGCACGUGGAAGAAGUAUUAUUGUUGUUAUGAAUCCAAUGCCAGAUAAAUAUCACACAAAAUUUAUACAACAAAAAAAUAGCAUUGAUGAAAAGGAUGAUGAGGAUGAUUAUGAAAAUGUUUGUGAAGCUCGACGAAUACUACGUACACUACUUCGAAGUAAGAGUGUUCCAGUUUUUGAUGAUGUUCGAUCAGCUCUUGAAUGUGCUGCAUAUAUACUUGAAACAACUAAACAUGCGGUAGUUAAUCGUAGUGCGUUUAACGAAGAUGAUGGUGAACGAGAUGUUCUUACGCCAUUAACAAUGUCACCGAAUGAUGUCAAUAAUUGUCGAGCAUCAUCCGUUGUUUUUAUUCGUUCUCUUUCGAACAAAACAUCUUUUGAAACACCUGAUGAUUUCUAUCGACAAAUGCAUCAAUCAGAUGUACAAUCAACUGCUUUUUCAAAACUUUUUCAGCGACGUAUGAAUUCUUCACCAGAAUCAAAUCGUCAUCAAUUUCGUUUAACAUCUGUUUGUACAAAAACACAAUUAUCAUGUUCAACAAAUGAAAGCGAUGAUGAUGGUUAUAGUUCACUUUCAUCAAGCAAUCGUGCUUUAUCCAUAUCAUCAUCAUCAUUAGCAUCUGAGCAAUUUGAAUCUACUAUAGAUCAACAACGUGAGGAAAAUUUUCUAGGAUCGAAUAAUAAAUCACCAACUUCUACGAUAAAUAAUUUUAUAACAAAUUUUUAUUCUUAUAUUCCUUUUGUACGGUCUUCAACUCAGUCGGAUUCAUCUGUUUCACAAUCACUCUUAGUUUUAUUUACGCUUCCUUUUCAUUUUAUCAAAAACACUCUUUUUUCGGCUACUUUAUCUUCAUCACCACAACCAACAUCGGGUCCAUCACAAGAACCAGUUGUUUUAGCUUCACCUUCGCAUAUUUCUUCUCCUCGAUUAUCAAGGUAUAUCUUCGAUAUAUAUAUAGCUUCCGGUGAAAAUGAUGAAUAUUGGGUCAAUACAAUGGUAUUUCCAAUACUUGAAAAAGCUAAUCUUACUUUUACAAAACGACAAUCUUAUCAUGAUAAUGAUCAAACCGAUGCUCUCUAUGAUAUGCAUGUACGUAAACAAUCACAUGUAUUAUAUUAUUUAAUUAAUGGUAGUGAACGUUUGUCACAUUUAACUACUGAACUCGCAUUUCUUAUUGGUGAACGUAAACAUAAAAUAUUUGUUUAUCUUCAAUCAACUAUUGAUGAGGAUACCGAACAAAUAUUAUCAGCAUGUGAACGACGUGAUAUUCAACGUUCGAGAAAAUAUCUUGAAGAUUUAGCACGAAAAGAGAAUAUAACUUUAUUUAAUUCACGUCAGCAAAGUUGGGAACAUGUUUUACAGUUUUUUGAUCAGCAGAAUUAG